GUUUGGGUAUAUAAGAAGACGCACAGCUACAAAUAUUUACCGAGGAGGCAAGAUGGGCCUAAGGAGUUCGAUUAUACGUCAAACCAAGUAGAUCCUGAGAACUUUCCUGAGAAGAUGGAAGGUGAACCACCAAAAUUAUGGUUGGCAUGGAUCUAUCGUAGUGCUAGUGGUGAACCACACUGGACGAAAAAAUGGCUGGAGAAAUUGUUUGGUAAAAAUUUUCAACCCGGAGAAAUGGCUAUCUUUAAAAAUACACCGUCGCAGAAUAGGGAACUAUGGCGUGUGAAACAUAUGAUAGAAAUACGACCACUUAUUUUUCCUAAUGGUGAACCAACGAUGGAUGACAUAAAUUCUCUGGAGGUGUUUGCUGAUGGACGAUGUAUAAUAGACAAAAGAUUGGCAUGCGAUCCAGCUCAAUUACAAAUCAUGGAUUCCAGAAAGCAGUUAUCGUCGGGAUAUCUGAGUUUUCGACUGAAACAGCGAUAUGAUUCAUACAAGGAUAUAUUCGAGGAUAAUGUCUAUACGCCGUCAAAUAUUAGUGUAUUGGAUUAG